AUGAAUGACACCACUGCAGAGCCCACUUACUUCUAUCCACCUCGCCCAGCAAGGGCAUCCUUCAAUAUUACACGCGAGUUGCACGUUGCAUGCUUACUGGAUGAUGCUGAGCGAGUCAUUGAAUUACUUGCGAUGGGAGCAGAUCGCGAUGCCGUUAGCUACGCUGGUUAUUCUGCGCUUGAUGUCGCUGACUUGCUGAACCGAGUGAGCGUUGUCAAAUGUCUGUUGGCACAUGUGAAUAUCCAAGAGACCGGAAUGCUAGAGCUCAUGUACGCUAUCCGUCAGGGUAGAUCGACUGUUGUACGAGCUCUGCUGGAGAUGGGUCUUAAUGACCAGCUUCAGGACGAGGCGCUGUUCCGUGGCGUUUUCCUCAUGGCGUGCUAUAUUGGAACGACUUUUGUCGUCAAUGCUCUGGUCAAAUAUGGCCCGGGUCUUUUCAUCUCUCCUUUCGAGGAAAUGUUUAUUCAUGUUGCCAUGUUUCUGAACAAUACCGAAGUAGCUGAUACGAUUCGCGAUAUUGCUGACAUUGAACGCCGCAAGAUGUUCAGAGAUGUCGAGGCAUAUAUGCUUCCAAAUUCGUACUUAGAGGUGACUGAGGACACUGACAAGGUCUUUUCUGAUUUUUUAAAUGACCCUAACUCACCUAACUUUGAUGUAUCGCCUGAGCACGAUGAGCAGCUGUUGAUCGAUUCGUGGCUUUGAUCAGCUCUUGUGCUGACGGUGAAAUACUGUAGGAAAAGUCCUGUUGAACCUAUCAUGCAGCCACGUUUUGAUUCAUACUGAGAUGGGGAGAUUGGCUGCUGAAUUUCUUCCAGGCGUCUUCAUUGCUGAAGAAUGGACAGCAGACCCACUGCGCUUUUAGGGAUAUUUGACAAGAUAAAAGAUAUGUACAAUAACGGAAUACAAUUUGAACUCGGGGACUCUCGAAGCAAACGGUGAU